AUGUCAGAACCAGCUCAGUACACUGUUGGGUGGAUAUGCGCGUUGGAGACAGAAUAUGCCGCUGCCCGAGCUUUUCUUGAUAAAAGGCAUAGCCAACCGAAGAUACUUUCGCCAGUGGAUUAUAAUGUCUAUACAUUGGGAGAAAUUGGAGGCCAUCAGGUUGUUAUUGCCGCACCACUGGUUCCAUACGGCACAUCAGCAGCCAGGGUAGCUAGAGAUAUGGUAAUCAGCUUUCCAGACAUCCGGUUUUGGCUAAUUGUUGGGAUUGGGGGGGGUGCUCCAACAAAAGAGGAUAUCCGCCUGGGAGACGUUGUCGUGAGCUCAUCCCAAAGUAGACAUGGCGGCUUACUGCAAUAUGACAUGGGUAAAGAGUUGCAAAAAGAAGAAUUCCAUCCAAUAGGGUUCUCCGGCCAGCCCCCUACUAUCCUACUCACAGCUGUAUAUAGGCUCCAAGCGCGGUAUGCGUUAGAGGGCCAUCGGAUAAAGGAGAGCAUUCAAGCUGUGCUUAAAGGUAACAAAAGUCUGAGACAAAAGUAUACACGACCCCAUUCUGAAACUGAUAGGCUUUAUGAAAGCCAGUUUACUCAUCCAAAUUCUCAGGCAAGCUGUGCCGAGUGUUGUGAUGACUCGAGGUUGAUUUUCCGACCAAGGCGAAGGGAGGGGGAGGAUCCCACUAUCCAUUAUGGUUUGAUAGCAUCUACGAACAUGGCGAUUAAAGAUGCGAUAUUCCGUGAUAAGCUAGCUGCAGAUCAAGAUGUUCUAUGCUUUGAAACGGAAGCGGUAGGACUAAUGAAUCAUAUCCCCUGCUUGGUUAUCCGUGGCAUUUGUGACUAUACCGACUCCCAUAAAAGCAAGGAAUGGCAAGGCUAUGCCGCAAUAGUGGCAGCUGCAUACGCAAAAGAACUCUUGUCUCAAAUUGACUGUCGGCGGGUAUAUGUUGAGCCAAAAGUCAGUGAAGUUAUGGAAGAGACCCAAACCCAAUUGGACAUUACAUCCGAGGACGGUGAUAUGAUUCAUUCAAUCGAUAGCGGAUCGGCUGAGGAAAUUGAUGCUAUGCUGCAAAGUUUCAAUUUUCAGGAUUUACCAGUUGCUGAAGGAGCCGAGCUCGGAAUAUAUAUAGAUCAACGCGAAGAAUUUAUCAUUGGAGCUAGAACAGAGCUUUUGCUCAAAAAGAUCGACGAAUGGGCGGUCUUACCAGAAGGGAAGUGUUUGUUUUGGCUCAAUGGUGACCCCGGAACUGGCAAGUCUACAAUAGCACGAACAGUGGCCAAAACCUUUCAGGAGCGACGGUUGCUGGGGGCAAGCUUCUUUUUUACGAGUGGUAAAGGGGAUCGUGGAAAUGCAGCUCUUUUUUUCCCAACUAUUACCACGCAACUAUUCACCAGGAUUCCGAGGCUACGUGCUGCUAUUCUACAGGUAUUACGAGAUAACCCAGGAAUUUCAGCUAAACCACUCAAGGAGCAGUUUGAUAAGCUGCUCCUCGAGCCACUUCUCAGCUUAGAAAGGCCAAAACAUCAGAGCUCACCUCUAGUGAUUGUGAUUGAUGCACUGGAUGAAUGUGACGGUGACAAUGAUAUUAGGGCUAUCCUCCAACUACUACCACAUGUUCAGGAGUUGAACUCAAUACGCCUGCGGUUUUUCAUAACCAGUCGGCCUUACUCAUCUAUUCAACGAGGAUUUCAGUCUAUCAGAAACAGUUAUCAGGAUUUGAACCUACAUUCAGCUUACGAAAAUGAAGAUUGUAUCCAAAGCGAUAUUGAGAGUAUCUUCUCUGAAGCGUCGAUCUUAUCAUCCCAGUCAUCUCAAGGCGAGUUGAGGGCAAUCGCUAUUUCGGAGCUGGCCAGUUUACUUUUGAACGAUGAUAAAUUAAGAGCUCUGUUCCCAACGGCUAUGUUAAGAGUUGGCCCCGAUAGAUUCCAGAGGAACUUUACACGCAUCCUCAAGAAGUUUGGCCGGAAUCUAAAAGGCGAAGCGGCAAACGAGCUUCAAUCCCAAGCGGCACAUUUUGUGCAGUUAUCCGCUCAGCGGACAGCAACAGAAAUCCGUAAAAUGCUACAGCAGGAUAACACAAAACUUCCUAUUGAACAGAGAUCAGAUGCGCCAAAAGCAGCCCGGGUUAAUGCAUGGCUAGAGUCACAAAAGGAAGACCACACCAAGCUACAUUUUGAAGAUCCCCCGGACGCAUAUACCAACGGAUCUUCUACUGAAAGUGAUUCGGAUGACCCAGAAGGACCUGAGCAGGCCUCAUUCAGCAGCCUUGAAGGCGUUCAGCGAUUCCUACUAACGACGCAUGCAUUUAUGUACCUUUGCCAAGAAUUCAGUGAAUGGCUAGAAUUGAAGAAGACAGAAGGUGACACAGAUCGAAACAAGAAUAUCAAGAAAGGCAGCCCUAGCAUCUCAACCGACAGUAGAGGCACCAGGAUAGAGAUGAUAUGUUCAUCUUGGUGGCUGCGCCUGAAGAAUAUCUGCUCCCCACCAGCAGCUGGUUACGAACGAAUCCACUAUAGAUGUGGAUGUGGGGAACUUUCAUACAUUGAUGUCAAGGAGCUGUCAAUAGGUGGGAUUGAAAAAGCUCGGCAGAGCCUCCUUGCUAGCAUCGCCGCUGUCAGCAAUGGUCGGCAUAACUCACCUAGCUCAAACUAUAUAUACCCCCCACCUCAAGCGCAUUUGAAUGACAGAGUGAGUGUGACAGUAUCUAACAGAAAUUCUGCGCUGAAUAAUGCUGCAAAUGGCCAGCCUCUUCAAUCCACGGUGAUUGGAAAUAUCCAAGCCGAGGGAACAAUGUCACAAAAUCAGGAGGCACAAUUCCUUCUUAUGUGUGUCAACACAAAAAACUCAACAAUGCUUGUCCAUAUCGAAGUUGGGUCUCUAACCAGUGACCAAUAUCUGUUCCAACAAAUGCACCAAGAAUAUCAGAGGGUACGCAAGGAACAUGAAUUCAGAAUUGCAAAUACCCUUCCAUCGUGGGUUUGCAACCUGCUGCGCACAAUCUCAAUCAAAAUUCCAACACUCCUCUCGCUACCUCAGCGUUUUAACUUUCCUUUAAUACUGAGUUCAGUCCUGAGCAAGUUGCACCUUCAUAAAGUUUCAUCAGGAGACUUUGUUCGAUUUCAGUUAGUACCAAUAGGGAUGGAAACCUGCCCCAGGUGGUUCAAGACUAGAACUAUUCCUCCAGAGGCUGAGGUCAAGGCCAAAAGAUAUAUCUAUAAACCAGUCCCGAUGGAAGAUGUCGAAUUUGUGGAUAUACCAUUGCAACAUCUGCUAAAGCCAGGACCUCAUACCGACACUUUCUGGUUAAACAGAUUUCCCAAGAAAAUCAGGGAACCAUUGAUUCGGCUACCUGGAGAUGAUGGACAGCGUAUUAUCGGAUGGGGCAUUCGAAUUAACGAAUGCCUGAAUUGGUCAAUGAUUUUGUUCUCAAUAUUCCUGAUACUUUUGGCAAUUGGUGUGAGUGUCGUCCUCUACGCGACAAUCACUGCGGAUAACUCGUCUGCCUUCGCCUUUGGAGCAUUCAUGGUCGCAAUGAUAACGGUAUAUCUCACUUACCAAUAUUUUGCAUGGAAAGAGGUCGAGUGA